UAGUGUGUGACCUUUUCCUGUGCUAUAAAAGAUGCAUCUUUUGUGGCCCUGGCCAUAGCUUUGCUACCAUGGGGCCAGUUGUUCAAGGAGUGCUGCUCUUCAGUCUUCUUUUGAGGUCUUCCUCCUCAAGACUAGUGAGGAGAGAGAUCACGGAUAAUGACUUGGACAUCUACAGCUUCCACAUAAAGUCUGUGGUCAGUAGCCGCUAUGCUGUGACUGUCAUCACCAGCAGAGUUGCUAAUCGAGCAAGUGAACCCAGAGAGGUGAACUUCCAUGUGGAACUGCCAAAAUAUGCCUUCAUCAGCAAAUUCAACAUGACCAUUGAUGGGAAGUCGUACAGUGGAGUGGUGAAGAAGAAGGAAGAGGCACAGCAGCAGUACAGCCAAGCAGUCUCACGUGGUGAAAGUGCUGGCCUGGUCAGUGCAGUCGGGCGAACGCUGGAGGAAUUCAAGACUUCAGUGACAGUGGCUGCACACAGCAAAGUGACGUUUGAGCUGACCUAUGAGGAGCUAUUGAAACGACGGCUAGGGAAGUAUGAACUGCGGAUCAAGGCCCAACCAACACAGGUUGUCAAAGACUUCAAGAUUGAUGUGCACAUAAUUGAACGCCAGGGAAUCCGCUUCCUGGAAACCCAGGGGGGUUUGGCCUCCAAUGAUCUGGCAAGUGCUGUCAGCACCAAUGUGACUGAUAAAGAGGCCCUGGUGCAUUUCUCCCCAUCUCAUGAGCAGCAGCAGUGUCCUCACUGCAAGGACAUGGGGCUGAGUGGAGAAUUGAUUGUUGUCUAUGAUGUGAACAGACCAAAGUCACAAGGAGAGCUGCAGGUGGUGAAUGGAUAUUUUGUGCAUUACUUUGCUCCCUCUAGCCUCUCACGAUUUCCCAAAAAUGUUGUCUUCAUUAUUGACCAGAGUGGCUCUAUGCGUGGGACAAAGAUUCAGCAGACUCGAGAGGCAAUGUUGAAGAUUUUAGAUGAUCUCCACAAAGAAGAUCAUUUUGGCCUGAUCACCUUUGAUGGUGAAGUGACUUACUGGAAAGAUAACUUAGUUCCUGUGAACUCCGAUUACCUGGCAUUGGCACGCAUUUUUGUGGAGAACAUCAAAAGUAGAGGAAGCACAGAUAUCAAUGAAGCAGUUCUGAAGGGGGUGCAGAUGUUGUCCAUAUUUGACGAGUCCCACCCUCAAGAAGAAAGUACUUCCAUUCUCAUCCUGCUUACUGAUGGAGACCCCACCUCAGGAGUGACCAAUCUGAAUGAGAUCCAGAACAAUGUUAGGGAGGCCAUCCGAAAGAGAUAUACACUGUACUGCCUGGGGUUCGGCUUUGACGUUGACUACAAAUUCUUAGAGAAGAUAUCGCUUCAGAACAAUGGCCUGGCCAGGAGGAUCUAUGAGGAUUCGGAUGCAGCCCUGCAGUUGCAGGGUUUCUACGAGGAAGUGGCUACUCCUCUCCUGCUCGAUGUCCAAAUGCAUUACACUGGUGUCUCCAAUGUCACCUACACCAGCUUUGGCCAGUACUAUGAUGGCUCAGAGAUUGUGGUUGCUGGUCAAAUUAAUCACAAUGAUCUGGAAACAUUCACUGCUGAAGUCAAGGCUAAAACGAAAGGAAAUGACUCAGUAUUCCAUGAAGUAUUUACCAAGAGUGAAAGAGAUGCUUCCAAGGCUCUUGACCACUACAUCUUUGAGACAUACAUCCAGAGACUGUGGGCAUAUCUUUCUGUACAGCAGCUACUGGAAAGACUAGUGCUGCUCACAGAGGAACAGCAAACAGCUGUCAAUGAGCAGAUCCUGGCCCGCUCACUCGACUACAGCUUUGUGACCCCACUCACUAGUAUGGUGGUCACAAAGCCCGAGGGUGAGGACCCUCAUGUGGCCCACAAACCCAAGGAAGAGAAACCAUUAGAGAGAGCAUUUCUAUCCUCGAAGACUGCAGGUAGACGCAAGUCCUCUCGCUUGAGAUUCUCAUCGCGGCCACUACCGACAGGGCCACGAGAUUACGGUAUGCCUCUGCUAUUGCAAUCGGGAGAUUACGAUAUGCCUCUGCUAUUGCAAUCGGAUCCGUCAAUCCAUGGUAAUCAUGGUAAAUCGAGGAGCCAUCCUGUUAUGCAAGGAGCGGAUCUACGCAUUGCAAGAGUCCUUGCAGCUGAACCAGUCCAGACCUCAGGCUAUCGACGCAUUGCAGAAAGUGUCACUGCAGCUGAACCAGUCCAGACCUCAGUCUUGUUAAAAGUCCUUCUGCCUGCCCAGGACCAGAAUACUUCAAUCUGUUUUAAAAUUGAGGUACACAAAGAUGUGCUUCCCAAGGAUCCAGUCUUUAAAUUACUGCACGACCCGGCCACAGGUAUUUCCAUCAAUGGUGAGAUGUUAAAAAGGGGGCACUUCCGCAAGAUUGGGGUGAACUACAAAGAUGAGUGCCACAUCAAAGCAAACACUACAGGGAUCAUGGUGACCAAAGAAGGGAAAGAAAAUUUCAUCUUCUGGACUGACACAGCCACAAGUCAUCACUGUGAUGGAGUAACAAUUUCCCUGCAGAAUGAAGUUCUAAAUGUUGCUGUGGGAGAUAUUAGUGUUAACAUCCUACUGCACAAGAAUGGCAGAAACAGGUUUUUGUGGCCAGACGUUAGACGGCAAGCACCUAUCCCCGGAGCCAAAGGACUACUGGGCCAGUCUCCUGUGUCAUAUGUCCUUAAGGAGGCAUCACCAUUGGUGAGACUGGAAAUGCUGGGUAAAGAAGUACAGGGAACAAGAGACAUAACGGUGGACUACCGCACUCAUGUGAAACCAACAGUGGACUGCUGGCUAGUGCCUUUCAGUGCGGUCGUGCCAGAGCCCCUGUCUGAAAUCCUUGGUUCGCUGUAGGAAGUCAUGCAAUGUUGGACAGCUGCGCAGCUACCACAAUUAAUUCUGGCUAUAUGUGUUACAGAAUUCUGAGACAAUAAAUGCAAAUGAGUCAAAUGUAAACAUUAUCUUUUGUCCUGGGUUUUCAUUAUUUGUAUAACCUAAAUGGAUUUCCAAGUUAUUAAAAUCCUAAAUAUCCAAACAAAGCUAAUAAACAAAUACUCUGGCAUUGUGUGAGGGGAUAUAACUGUUUUAUCUGACUGAAUGCAUAGUCUGAAUGUCAGGCCAGUGGUGCAUCAAUACAAGCCAUUAGUUUUAACCAACACAUUAUUGUGAAUUUGUAAUAAAUGAAAAACAU